CCUUUCUCUUUUGUUUCUAUAUAGAACACAAGUAUAUAAAAUAUAUAUCGUCAGAGAAAUUUGCUUCUUCGAUCUGUAAGUUAAUUACUUCAUGCAUUAAUUUUCGGUUUGAUUUUACUAUUCUGAUGCGUUGAAUUUAAUCGAACAAUUUUCCAAUUUUCGGCGAUUUUUUUGGGUUUGAUUUUACUGUUGUUGAGAUCCGGCGAAAAACUUAGAUCUUGCCGGAUUUGUGCUUCAAUUCAAUACAGAAGUUGUUGUUUUUCUGCAAUGAAUUGAAAUUUUGAGGUCCGAUCUGGUACUUGUUAGCUCGAUUUUGGAGUUUGAUUGAGCGAAAUUUUGUUAGGAUUAGGGUUAGGAUAGUUAGAUGGCUUCGAAUCCUCCAUUUUUAGUGGAGGAUCAGACGGAUGAGGAUUUUUUUGAUAAAUUGGUCAAUGAUGAUGAUGAUGAUGUUGGUUUUAAGGUAACUACAUCGUCAACGGGUUUGGAUGCGGGUGCGAGCUCGGUGUAUGUUGAUGGGGAUGAAUCUGAUGAGGUUAAAGCCUUUGCUGAUCUCAGCAUUAGUGAUGAUGUUAACAGUGGAGUUGAUACUGGGAAGGAAGGGGAGAAAGGUGUUGAUAGCAAUGCUAAACCGGGUUUGGUAGUUGAGGGGAAUGGAGAAAAGAGUAGUGGUUCUUCAGUGUCAUUGACUUCUGGGGGGUCAGAUGGGUUACUCGAGUCCAGAAAUGGUAAUUUAGAGACUGAGGUAACUGAUGGUAAGGCAGAGAAUCACGCCAGUGGAUCAAGCAAUUCGGGUGUGAAGGAAGUUGGAUGGAGUGCUUUCCAUGCUGAUCCAGUUACAAGUGAUGCUUCUGGGUUUGGAUCCUAUGCGGACUUUUUCAGUGAAUUGGGGAAUAAUAAUGGUGAUGCAACGGGAAAUGUUGGUGAGAAUGUGAAUAAGGGGUCAACUGUUUCGCCAGCUGAACAGGUUCAUGACACAAAACAUGUUCAUGAAACAGCGUAUUUGGAGAAUACUAGUUCCUUAACACAGGGUCAAGAUAGUUACGUGUGUGAUGCUACCACAGAACAAGUUACAGAUGUACAGGAUCUAAAUAGUAGUCAGUAUUGGGAAAAUCUUUAUCCAGGAUGGAAGUAUGACGCAAGUACCGGGCAGUGGUAUCAGGUUGAUAGUUAUGAAUCAGGAGCUAAUGUACAAGGAAGUACUGACUCUAAUUUGGUUUCCGACUGGUCUGUUUCUGAUGGAACACCAGAGGUCUCGUACCUACAGAAAACUUCCCAGUCUGUAUCUGGCAAUGCAGCUGAGAGUGGUACAACUGAGAGUGUCACUAAUUGGAAUCGGGUUGCGCAGGUAAACGAUGCUACUGAGAAUGUGGCAAACUGGAAUCAGGCUAUGCCGGCUAGUGACAAUAGGGGGACUGUGACUAACUGGAAUCAGGUGACACAGGCUAGUGAUGCAGGUGUUGUCACGACUGACUGGAAUCAGGCCUCACAACUUAACAAUGGGUAUCCGUCCCAUAUGGUUUUUGAUCCUCAGUACCCUGGUUGGUAUUAUGAUACAAUUGCACUUGAAUGGCGCUCUCUGGAGAGCUACACAUCGUCUGCUCAAUCAACUGUUCAAGGUGAGAGCCAACUGGAUCAGAAUGGUUUGGCUUCAGUGCAGACUUUCUCUCACAAUAGUGAUCAAAGGAAUUACGGUGCAUACGGGCACAAUGAGAAUAGUAGAUUCCAAGAGUUUAGCAGCGGCGGCGAAGAUUACAACUGGCCUGGCUCUUUUGGUAAUUACAAUCAGAAUCAGCAUAGCUCAAAUAUAUCGCAAGAUGAAAAUGCUGCAAAAAGUAACUCUGUGUCAGAAUAUAGUGGGAACCAACAAUUAGAAAACAACUACAACCAUGAUUUUUCUGCAAGCAGCCAUGUUAAUAGGCAAAUCUCUAAUCAUUAUGAGGGAACAGUUCCAUACAAUGCAAACACAACGCAAAGUCAAAAUGACCAACAUUUUUUCUCUGGUGGGGCUUUGGGUCAGCAAUUUAGUCAGCCGACACUCCAGCAACAUCAGCAGAAGCAUGCCUCAAGUGAUUAUUAUGGGACUCAGACCACAGCCAAUUAUUCACAGCAAGCAUUUCAGAGUAGCCAGCAGUUUGCUCAUUCUCCCUCUGCAGGAAAAUCAUCUGCUGGCCGUCCACCACAUGCUUUGGUCUCUUUUGGUUUUGGUGGAAAACUGAUUGUGAUGAAAGAUCACAGUUCUUUUGGGAACUCAUCCUUUGGAAGUCAGAAUUCCAUAGGAGGUUCAAUAUCUGUGCUCAAUUUGAUGGAUGUUGUCUCUGAGAGAGUUGACAGUUCAAGUCUUGUGAUGGGGGCAUGUGACUAUACCCGAUCUUUGUGCCAACAAUCAUUCCCUGGUCCACUAGUUGGUGGAAGUCCCAGUAUCAAGGAGUUGAAUAAAUGGAUCGAUGAGAGGAUUGCAAACUCUGAAUCUCCUGACAUGGAUUACAGGAAAGGCGAAGUUUUGAAGUUGCUUCUGUCAUUGCUAAAAAUAGGAUGUCAAUAUUAUGGGAAACUCCGUUCUCCUUUUGGUACUGAUGCUGUGUUGAAGGAAAGUGAUGUUCCAGAAACAGCAAUAGCCAAAUUGUUUGCAUCUGUGAAGAGGAAUGGGAUGCAACUCAAUCAAUAUGGCACUCUUACCCAGUGCUUGCAGAAAUUGCCUUCUGAAGGACAGAUGCAGGCUACAGCUGCUGAGGUUCAAAGUCUUCUAGUAUCUGGAAGAAAGAAAGAAGCAUUACAAUGUGCACAAGAGGGGCAGUUGUGGGGGCCAGCUCUUAUUCUCGCUGCACAACUUGGUGAUCAGUUCUAUGUAGAAACGGUGAAGCAAAUGGCACUUCGACAGUUAGUAGCAGGGUCACCUUUGCGGACACUGUGCCUACUAAUUGCUGGCCAACCGGCUGAUGUCUUUUCUCUAGAUUCUAGAGCUCAAAGUGGCAUGCCUGUUGUAAAUGCGGUUCAACAGCCUGCACAGUUUGGUGCUAAUAUCAUACUGGAUGACUGGGAAGAGAAUUUGGCUGUGAUUACUGCAAACAGGACGAAGGACGAUGAACUGGUGCUUAUUCAUCUUGGUGAUUGUUUGUGGAAAGAGAGGAGUGCUAUUGUUGCUGCACACAUUUGCUAUCUAGUGGCUGAGGCAAACUUUGAACAAUAUUCAGAUACCGCAAGAUUGUGUCUUGUGGGUGCAGAUCACUUGAAAUUCCCCCGAACUUAUGCUAGUCCAGAGGCUAUUCAGAGGACUGAGAUUUAUGAAUACUCAAAGGUGUUGGGGAAUUCUCAAUUUAUUCUCCCUCCUUUUCAACCAUAUAAACUUGUGUAUGCACACAUGCUAGCUGAAGUUGGGAGGAUAUCAGAAGCAUUGAAGUACUGUCAAGCAUUGUCGAAAUCACUUAAAACUGGCCGAACCCCUGAGACUGAAACAUUGAGACAGUUAGUGUCAUCUCUUGAGGAAAGGAUUAAAACUCACCAACAGGGAGGGUUCUCCACAAAUUUGGCUCCUGCAAAAUUGGUUGGUAAAUUGCUUAACCUUUUUGAUAGCACGGCUCAUCGUGUUGUUGGGGGCUUACCACCGAUGCCAACAAGUGGCAAUUCCCUAGGGAAUGAAUAUCAUCAGCAGUUUGUGUCUCCUAGAGUCUCAAGUAGUCAAUCAACCAUGGCAAUGUCAUCACUGAUCCCCUCAGAGCCAAUAAGUGAGUGGGCAGCUGAUAGCAGUAGAAUGACGAUGCAUAAUAGAAGUGUUUCAGAGCCUGACAUUGGAAGAACUCCAAGACAGGUUGACUCAUCAAAGGACGCAAGCUCAAGUAACACAGGAAGCAAUGCAUCCGGAGCUGGAGGGCUAUCACGCUUUCGUCGCUUUGGCUUUGGCUCCCAGCUUCUCCAGAAAACUGUUGGAUUAGUCCUCAAACCCCAUCAAGGCCGUCAGGCAAAAUUGGGUGAUUCGAAUAAAUUUUAUUAUGAUGAAAAACUUAAAAGAUGGGUAGAGGAAGGCGCUGAACUUCCUGAUGCAGAACCGCCGCUUGCACCUCCACCAACCGCUGCUGCUUUCCAGAAUGGAGCGCCAGAUUAUAAUGUGAAGAGUGUAUUAAAAAGUGAAAGUCCUAUAUGCAAUAAUGGAUUUCCGGAAAUGAAGAGUCCAACUUCUUCUGAUAAUGGUGUGGGAAUUCCACCUCUUCCGCCUACCUCCAACCAAUUCUCAGCUCGUGGUCGUAUGGGUGUUCGGUCAAGGUAUGUUGACACGUUCAACAAAGGUGGUGGUAACCCAACAAAUCUAUUCCAGUCACCUUCUGUUCCUUCCAUAAAGCCUGCUACUGCUGGCAAUGCCAAGUUUUUUGUUCCCGCCCCGAUGUCCCCUGUUGAAGAGACAGGGAACAGUACUUCCAAUGAGCAAGAAACUUCAAGUAAUAGUGAGAGUGAUUCAGUUGCUGCUGUUAAUGGAUCGUUCCAUUUUCCUGCACCAACAUCAAGCGCUGCACCUAUGCAAAGAUUUGCAAGCAUGGACAACCUCUCCAAUAAAGUAGCUGGCACUAGCUCUCUAUCAGCUAACUCCCGGCGAACUGCAUCAUGGAGUGGAAGCUUUUCUGAUGCUUAUUCCCCAAAUAAAUCUGAAAUAAAAUCACCGGGCUCUAGAUUGAGUAUGCCUCCGUCGUCAUUCAUGCCCAGUGAUGCUAAUUCGAUGCAUUUCUCAACGAAUGGUGGCAGCUUCAGUGAUGACCUUCAUGAAGUAGAUCUGUGACGCAACAAGAUGUAUAUACCAAGUUUUGCUCAUCGUCGUGGUAUCCUGCUCGGAAUCUCUUCACUUUGGUGGUAAGCAGUGAAGUGUGGUCAAUGAAGAUGGUAAACCCUUUCCUGUCUUCUCACACCACAACAUACCCCCGUUUUCUCUUCUUUUUUAUUUAGCUACUUUUUGUAAGAUCAGUUGUGUAUGUUGAAAGCAAAUGCUUAUUUAGAUGUAGGGAUAUAGGUUUUUUAUUUCUUUUAUGCCUCUUAACACCUGCAGUUUCAGAAACUUGUUACUAUUAUAAACACAAGGAAAGUGGUCUAGAGAAACAUUGUACAGUUGAAAUAUUCA